UACAAGCAGAAGGGUUUUCACAUACGGAUGAAGUCAGCGCGGAGAGGCUUACUUUACAGUAGCAAUACCUUGUAGGCAGCGCCGUACAUUACUGCUUGGCACUGGGAUCCUUCUUGUUGUGGAGUAAAUUCUCAGAAGCAGCAAAUGUUUCCAGUCAGGCAGCCUUGGCUUUGCAAAGCCUUAGGUUGUUAUGAUUGCUGUAUCCGGUGCCUUGGGGCAGUGCCCUACCCGUCCCUGGUGGCCACCUUGCUGUGCUAUGCUGGCAUGGCAUUAUUUUGUGGCUGUGGGCAUGAAGCACUGGCCCAGACCGAAGUCCUCGUCGAGACUUACUUUGCCCGCAACGUUCAGGACUAUGUGGUCAUGGCCUCUUUUAUCAAAUACUUCCAGUACGUGAUCUAUGGCCUGGCAUCGUUUUUCUUCCUCUAUGGUAUCCUGCUGCUGGCCGAGGGUUUCUACACCACAAGUGCUGUCAAGCAGACCUUCGGCGAAUUCAGGAGUACCCAGUGCGGCCGCUGCCUGAGCCUGACGUUCAUCGUAGUGACAUACAUCUUGGCCUUCAUCUGGCUGAUUGUGUUCGCCUUCACCGCCAUCCCCGUCUUCUUCCUGUUCAACAUGGAGCAGACCUGCCACACCAUCAACAUUCUGGCUGAAACCACCCCCAGCAUUAAUCAGCAUGGCUGGAUUUGCAUGGAUGCCAGACAGUAUGGCCUCCUUCCCUGGAAUGCAAUGCCAGGCAAGUCCUGUGGAAUGACCUUGGCAUCGAUUUGCAAAACCAGCGAAUUUUACGUCACCUAUGACUUGUACAUUGCUGCAUUUGCUGGCGCUGGAGUUACUCUGCUGGCACUGUUUCUGUACAUGGUUGCCACCACCUACAACUAUGCAGUCCUGCGGUUCCUGGGCAGGAAAGGCAUCCGCUAAUUGCAGCACCUCAGCGAACCUCUGUCGUCCUGCUAUGAGAUGGACAGUCUUCCUGUACAACACCAGUUUCUAGUUCAUCCUCUGGGAAACGGCAACUUCCACACCUGGAUCACCUGCUAUUAUUUAGACGUGUGGAAUAACAGACAAAUGUUCCUCUUCACUGUUUUGCAUGAACAACAGACAGAGAGAUGAAGAUAAUUUACACCCGGCAAUGAGCUCUGAUCUGCCCUUCAAAUCCCCCUCUCAGAUGAUUCUCUUAGCUUUGUUGUUCAUUUUCCUUUUGCAGGUUGAGUCUCUCAUUUUAUCUUUCUCUGUGAGGCUUCAUUGGUGCUGAUUGUGAUGUAUGAUGUUUCAUGAAUAAUUAAGAACAAUGACAGCUUGCUUUGCAAGCCAUAACUGCAUGCAGAGCAUUCAGUGUGUCCUGAUGUGCGUAUUGGCUCUGAAUAUGAUUUCUGCUGCUGCUCUUUUGCUCCCAAUUGUAUCAACAUUUUGUGAACUAAAGCAAGAGAGGCUGAAUGUACCAAAGUUUCGCUUCAAGCUUUCAACUGCAUAAAAUGUAGUUUGCACUGA